AAUGUGAAGCUUUUAUGUUUGUAAACAAGAGAACAUUUUUCGGCUAGAUUUGUGAGUGAUCGUCCACUUCCGCGAAUUUUAAUUCAGAAUAUUGGCCAUAUUUCGUUAUAUUCAUGGGCACAACAAGAGAAAACGUCCUAAAAUAUGCAGCCGGCAAUCAGGAAGACAACUACUGCCGGCUAUGUUUCGCCAAAGCCUUCAAACUGCGAACCAUUUUCCCGUACGGUGACGAUCCGGAUAAUGACCUCUACCGUAAGGUAAUGACGCUUGCCCUGGUCAAAUUGGAUCACAAACUCGAGCCGGACUGUUGCAUUUGCUAUCGCUGCAUAACACAGCUAGAGGAUUUCAGCAAAUUCCAGCAGCAAUGUGUCGAAUUCAAUCGGUUACUUUAUCGAACCCGCGGCCAAGGGGAACCCCCUCCUCUUCCGGAGGUGGUUAGUGAUUCUCAGCUUCAGUCUGUUAGCAGCAGCAAUUCCGUUUCGAAAUCCGGAAGGCCAACGCGUGGCAAGGGUCGAAAGGAUGUGGAUCCUUUCGGGUCGUCCCAGGACACAGGCAGUGGCGGCAAACGUAGAAGUAAGGCCCCGAAACGGUAUUCUCCAACGGUGAAAAAGUCAGCAGCUGGCCGUAAGCCUGGUCGGAAGGUGGUGAAGCCACAGCCGGAGUCUUCGCUUGAGGAAGAUGCCAGCGAUUCGGCAGAUGAUUAUAUCCCACUGGCCAAACGGAAGCUGAAGGCAAGCCUCACGAAACGUAAGUCGGUGGUUUCGCCGGCUAAACCGAAAAGGAGUCGACGGGCGAAAAAUGUGAGCAUCGACCAGUCGGAUCAUGAGAUAAGUCAGACGAAGCACGGAAGGGUGCUGACGUCAACAAACUUCAUCGUUUACAAUGCUGGACACGGAAGCAUCAACAUCGUGGCCGGCGGUUACCGAUAUUACAAGUAUCGUUUCUACCGGACCGGUUCGGAAGUUCGCUAUGGCUGGCAGUGCAUAGAAGCGGGCUGCCCUUCGCAGCUGUACACGAGCAGUUUCACAACGGGUACCAUAUAUUGGAGAGAUCGGUUCUACGAGCACAACCAUCCCUCCGAUAAUGUCGAGCAGCUGAUGGCCGCUAAGGAGGAAGACAUGAGCCCGGAAGAGCACGAAGAGGAGGCUAACAAUACGUUCGAAUUGGUAGCCAGCGGUCGCGGUCGGCAUACCUACAAGCUGAUGAAGUUCUCCACUGGGAGAGAAAUACUGAUGUAUGGCGAGCAUCGUCACCGGCUGCUGUCAGAAAGGUCGGACGGGAUCAAGAUCUUCGGAUGUUCCACCGCCUCCUGCCAGACUAUCAUCUACAUGGGCAAGGACAACGAAAUACGCGUCUAUUGUGGAAGCUUUACCAGCACGGAAGAGGCCGCCGACCAGGCGUACCGAAAGACGGCCAAAAUCCUUCGCUAUGAGGGCCACUACUUCGUGUAUAGUGGCCGGAAGCUGGAGAACAAAAACUGUACGGCCUGGAAUUGUGUUAUGCGUAAGUCGAACGAGUGUCUGACCGUUAUCUACUGCACCAAAGAUGACACGAUCAUAACGCUACGGAAUCAGAUCAAGUAUUCGCACAACCAUCCGGCCGAUGCUUUCAAGCUGGAGGACGGUAUGCAUAUUGUCGACGUUCAGAAAGAAUCGUUCCCGGUGGAAUCGACUGACUACCAUAUCGCCAAGAACACUCAGAAAACGGAUUUCGUCAUAUUCGAGGGCCUAAGGUAUUGCAUCGUAAACACCAAAGUAGAUGGGUCAAAAACUUGCCGAUGCUUGGAAACGGAGAACUGCGGUGGGUUCAUCUUCCUGCAGUCCAACGGGACCAUUAUCAAGUACAAUAACUUCAACGAGCACAGCCAUCCCAUUCCGGAUCCACCCAAGAGCAUCUACGAGUUCGACUACGUCAUUGAAACGCUGGACGUGUCCUCGAGAAGCAAUAACGGAGAUCGAUCGCUCCAUCGGUGGUACAAAGACUACGAGUACACACUGAGUCCCCAGAAAGAGCCAGGAUUCUUCUACUACCGGUGUGUCGAGAGGCACACUGGAUGCCUAGCAUCCUUCAUCACCAAUGAAGACUUCACCAACAUUCGGGAAACCAAUGAGCACCACAAUCAUGCGAGUCCGCAGGUUGAGAAGGAGCAACGCAAGAGGAUGAUCACGGUCGAGGGGACCAAGGACUUCACGAUGACGGCGAACAGCGAAGGUCACGAGAUAUUGAAGUACCAGGGCAAUCGGUACUGUCACUUCUACAACCACAAAGAGGGCUGGCGAGUGUGGCGGUGUUUCGGUGGGCCACGCUGCAGGGCUACACUGUUUCAGAAUCGCGAAGAUGGGAAGAUCAACGACGUGGAAAGGUAUGCCCAUGCGCACUUGAAGGGGUGGCCGCAGCACGUAAAUGACCAUGAAAGCAGUAGCGUGAAGCGAAAAGAACGCGAUGAGGGAUCGGACAGUCGAGAAAGUGGGGAUUGGUUCUGAACGUACGGUAAGUAUAGGGAAAAUAGCGGGGCAAUGUUUGAUAAAUCAAUCAAGUUUGAUAAAAAAACA